AUGGUCAACCAAGGCAACGUUGGGCCAACGUUGGCCCAACGGUUCAAUAAGGAUGAUUACAAGAAACGCCUCAUGGACACUUUUGGACCAGCUUCUCCUUACGAGCCUAAACUUGGUCGCCAGCCAACGAGGGAAGAUUUACCAAUUGAUGGACCAUGGAGGAAUGGCUCUAUCAAGGAAUUUAUUAAAAAUUACCAGGAAGGAAAAGAGAAAACUGGGAAGGAGAAAGAUGCACAGGCAGACGGACACUCAAAGGUGGCCCCUAUUGUAGCGUUAUACGCUGGGAGACCAGAACUGAGGACAGUGGUGGAGGACAUAGUGAGAGUGACACAGGAUGACAACACGCCAGUGGAGUACGCUAUAGCAGGAGCUCUUCUCCUGGAGGAAUAUAUUCUGAAUGGAGGAGGCAGUUCAGCAGUGGAGAAGUUACUUAGUAUGGACAUUAGUGACACAGUGAAGGAGCAAGUCAAGAUAGCACUGGCUGCAAAAGAUAAACCUUUCAGAGCAGCCACAAAGGAAUUUGGCUCUUCCUGUUCUUUGCCAGGAAGCUUCAUCUGUAGCAUACAGUCCAUAGGUGGCGCUAAUGGUAACUAUGUGGAUACCAUGAGGCAAGCGCUCACAUCUGGCGGAGAUAACUGUUCUAGGAAUAUGUUGCUAGGGGCUUGUCUUGGUGCCCAGCAUGGUGUUGAUGGCAUUCCUGAAGACUGGAUAAAGAAAAUGUCAAGACAAGAUGUGGUGGAAUUAGCCAAUCAGCUUGUGGCCGCACGGUGUUCAUAACAACAUAAUAAGUGUUGUGGAAAUAUUGAGAAUAUAGGUGUAUUUUACCCAGUAAAGGACUAACACUUAGAUCAUCAUAAUUUUUAUGUACAGACACAGAUGUGUCUGU